AUGAACAACGAACAACAACAACAGCAACUCAACCACCAGCGAUCAUCAUCAUCCAUCCAACAUCGACCGAACAAUAAUAACAUCAUCAGAUCACUGCUCACCAAAUCACCCAUCAAAGCACAAUCCACUACCAACACUACUACUAGCACUAAUAUCACUCUCAGUCUAUCAUCAACACCGCAGAACAUUCCUCAAGAGCCACCAGCAACAGCAAGAUCCAUUCAAAAGAAGACACACCCUGAAGAACAAGCAACUCAACCCAGAAAAUAUCACAUUCUCACUAAUGCAGGCAAGCCAGUCUGGUCAACAGAGAAGGAGGACGAGGAUCGACCGGAUGGUGACCUGACCAGUCAGAUGGGUUUAAUCCAAGCCGUCAUCUCCAUCUUCGAGGCAGACGACCACGACCAACUCAGAUAUAUCGAUGCCGGGCAAACUAAGAUCGCAGUCAUGUCGAGACCUCCCUUGUAUUUCUUGGCCGUCUCUAACUGGGGUGAACCUGAAUCAACCCUUCGAAUGCAUCUAGAAUAUUUAAACCUAUUAAUCCAAUCGAUUCUCUCGACGACCCAACUGCAGAAGAUCUUUGAGCAACGGCCGAAUUACGAUCUAAGAGGAGGAUUGAGUGGCACGGAGUCGAUCUUCAACGGCCUAGUAGAUCGACUCCAAUGGGAUCUCAGUAUCAUGAUGGCCAGCUUGACAGUCUACAGAUGUCCCCCUCAGAUUCGCGAUCGGAUCAGUAAACUGAUCACCCCGCUCAAUCACUCUAAUCUGCUCGAGCCUCAAAACGAUUCGUUUGCUCGGAAACUCUUGUACUCUAUCGUCAUCUCGAACGCUCAAGUCGUCAGCGUAGUUCUGACCCAAAAACCAUAG